UUCGACAUCCCAUCACAUCGCACCUUGCACCGAUCGCCGCCACCAUGUCGACAGGACCGCAGUUCAUCGCUAUCAAGCGCAAACGGGGCGAUGAAGCGCCCGCGGCCUUGGUCGUGGAGCGACAGGGAAAGAGGAGAGUCACUCACGCGGGAUUCCACUAUGUGUUGAAGGGCAAUGGCGAGCAUAUCACUCCCACGGCCACGAAAACGGAAGAGUCGGCGCUUCAGGUGCCCACCCUGUUCAGUGCCGAAGACGUCGAAAAGCGGGUGGGAGACAAUGGCAGCGGACAUCAGCGUGGAAAGCUGUCUCGCAAUAUCUCAGGCAAUCGGGUCAGCCAGGGCUCUUUGCCAAAGGAGCGACGCACGUUCCAUCUCAAGCGCGCUGGCACGCCUGAGCCUCGAGUAGGAAAACGCAAAGGGAAAGCAGUCAAAGAACGCGGUAUCGCCACUUUUUCGGAGAAAAGAGUCAAACGUGAUAUCAAUAGCAGGGAAUCGAAAGCUAUCGCCGAAGGAGCUGGCCGGAGACGGGCUGCUAGUGUUCUGUCAACACCUGAAUCGCCAGCAGAGCUUCGGGACCGGCCUUUCAAACGACCUGGCAGAGGCGCGGCCAUCAAGGUCAACGGUGGCGCAUCUUCCUCAUCUGAGCCCAUACAUCAGAAUGCCCACGCGAACACGCAGGCACUCGCUAGCUCGCUACACCAGCUUGCUGUAGAAGAGGCGAGUAGAGCAGGUUCUGGAGGUACACCGAGCCAGACGCCGGCUAAACCAAGAGUAACGGCAAUACCAAAGUUGUCCGGACAGCGUAGUCGGGCCAUACACCAGGAGCGUGUGUCACAAUCAUCACCUCUGUCCAGCUCGCCGCAAAACGAUGACACUAGCAUGGAGGAAGAUGGUGACUACGUGUAUGAUACUUACGUCCUCGCCACAACCUCUGGUGCUGCGCAGAUCGAUUCUCAGGAUGAUCUCGGCAACGUUGGUUAUCUCAUCAUCACCGAAGAAGACCAAGCCCAUUGGGAGACCUACAUGGACGAUGAACUGAGCGAGGAAGAACCAAGUGACGAGGACGACGAGAAUGCCGAAGAUUGGUAUGGCGCUGACUACCCCGACGACGAGGUCGCAUCAGAUGACGAAUUCGAUCGUAAUGCAUAUGGCUACCGUGCUGGAGGCUCAGAUGAUGAAGAGUACGACGAACAUACAUUCAGCGAAGAUGAGUACGAGCGACAGAUGAACCCCUGGCUGAAGAAACCGCCGCAGCAGUAUGCCAAGUAUUUUAAUGGCGCAGGCGAUCAGCAUGAGAAGGAAGAUGAAAAUGAAGAUGAGAGCAGUUGAGAGAACAGCUUGUGGAGUCUUGUUGGGACAGGAGCCAACUGCAACGAGGCGCCCAAGUAGAAGUAGCAGCAAGCAUCGGCCUACUGGCAAGAAUCGGUCCAAUUGGUUGUCGCCAAGCAGUCAUACUCCUGGUUCAGCGGCAGUUGACUUUCGGCAAUUAGGUUCUGUUGGAGCGGUCAGGCCGCUCUGCACAGCAUACCAGGAUCGUGCUGUGAUGAUGAUCGCGGCGCUUUGCAAGUGCGUGUAGAUCGCGAAGUCUCACUUGCAAAGCGCCGCACCUGAAGCAUCGAGCACAUGGUGAGUGGCCCUCCACGAAGGAUACCACUCGCUAGAGAGAAAAGAUGAACGACAUUCCACACUCCUCCUAUCCAUGCAGUGGUAUUUACUGUUGUUGUUGUGGUCGUGACAGUCAUCAAUAGGGUAUACCAUACAUCUCUCAACGCCUCACGGUCAUUGUGGCUCGCUAAUAUUCGUUUCGAUUUAUCGUCCCAUCGUUCCUGGUCCUCCUCCACUCUACUUCACCACCAAUACAAAGCACCUCAUCCACAUUCAACCUUCACGACCGACAAAGCUCCGGGUCGUGUGGCAAAACUACCCGGCGUUCUCCCAUACAAAUUCACCAACAUAGAACCCAUUUCAAGGGCCCUUCGAAUUGCCCACCAGGUGUACAGGUCCAACGCACCCGCUGGACCCUGCCUGGACCCCUCCCCCCUCUCCUCCUCCUUGACACUAACCACAACCUCAAGCUAACCAUAAACCACGCUCCCACCACUCUCAUUAGCGAGGCGUAGAAACUUUGAAAUUAUCCGGACUUUGGAACCGCCUGGUCAUGGGGCGUUCUGAUACAUGCUGCGGUGGAAAAAGAUAGACGGGACCCAGGUGACCCGACGCUUGAUCGUGCGCGACGGUGUUGCGACACACGUAACUCUGGCUUCAUCGACAUGGACUCGGCCCAGAUUCCGUGGCCAGGUCAGAUCAAGUCCGGGUCCAGGUAAAAGCAAAACAGGGGGCGGACGGUCACUGACACCACUUUGUUGACGAGCGACGAAGCGCUGGUUGUUGCUAGGCCUCGUCAUUCCAGUCGUUUGAAACGGGGACAGAUGCUAUCCGUUGUCGCAUCUCAAAUGUGUUGUAGGUAGCCUCUCUGGUGGGGGUCUUUUUGCUUUUGUUCAGUGAAUGGACGGCAGAUAUCCAAUCUGCGAGAGAUAUUCCCGAGAGAAGUUUGUGGCUCUCUGCUCGACCUCCCUGCAAUCCGCUGCGUACGAUCCGGGUCCACUCUUGAGCACUUCCAUGAGGCCCCACUCUCUUCGUACGCGGUAGUAGACAGAAGUUAGGCCACCCUUUGUCCUCGUGCCGAAGAGCUUUUCGAAUCGGUCUUCAAUCUCGGGCCAGGUGUUGUCCCGAAUGAUGCGAGCGUACAUGAUGAAGAACUUUUGCUCCUCGCUGUAGGACGGCCGUGGUGCUCGUGGUCUCCGGUCGGUCAUGCUACUGUCUGACCAGCUUCCGGCCUGGGACCUCUGCUCUCUGCUGACAGAAGACGGCUUGUCUUUACCAUAGGCGUGGAAGGGGUCUCGAUGGAGAAUCGGGGAGUGUGCGUUGGAUCCAGUGAGGAAUAGUGGUGGUGGUGGUGAGCCGAAUGAAGUGGUUGGUGAACUCGCAUGGCUUCUGGAUGAUGUUGUGGUGGUGGUGGUGGUGGAGGUGGUGGUCGUUGUUGUGGGUUGUGGUGGAUAAUCGUAGUGGUGAUGAUGAUGCUGAUAUCCUCCGCCACUACUGCCACCGCCACUACUACUGGGAGGUCCUGCUGUGCGAGGUAAAGGUUCAGGCUCGAUCUCGUUGAGAAUGACACUCAGGGGAAUCUUUCCCGAUGAACGGUCAUGCGCUCGUCUUGUAGUCGUGUCUGCCAUGUCUGUCAUGUGGGCUGCCUUGUCUCUCUGCUGCUGCCCUUUUUCUCUUUUCGUUACUUGAUUAGACAAGUCGGGCGGUUGGCGGUAAAUCUUCGUUCCAGUUGACUACUUGUGUCGGGGUUCCAGUUUGACACCACAAAAUUGGAGCGCAAAA